AUGGGACGUAGCCCUGGUGUCUUCCCCUCCCGCCCCCUAUUUCUCCCAUUCUGUUAGUUGACUAUGGGAUGGAUGCUGCCUUAGUGCAUGUCUCAAUUUCAGAUCCUAUGGGGAAAAAAUAUGCUAGUCGGAGAAAUACGACCACGUGUGAUUUCUUUGUUUUAACGCAUAUUUAAGGAAUAUCAAUUAGAAACAAACGCACACAGGAGAAUCCAAGAGGGGCUUCAAUCGGAGAAUGUGAAUGAGGUGGUUAUCUUAUCCCUGUUUAAACCUCACCGAUCUUCGAUUUGGACAUUCUGACAUCUUUUUCCAUAAAAAUGGACAACCACCAAGCACUGACCGACUCAUUGCUUGGACCCCAAGAUAGAGAACCAUCAGGCAGCCAGACUCCAGGCCCUGUUACAAUUCAGCCAACGGAGAAAGCCUUCUCUGCCCACAAGUCUGACUCAUUCCCCUGCCUGCAACCCCUCUCUUUGCACCAGCAAACCCAGGGAGAGGUACAUGAGUCUGGAGAGGUCGUUGUAGUCAUCAAACCGAAGACUGCAAAUGCAGGUCAUGGAGUGUACUCCUCUCCUCCUGAAGCAAAAACAGGAGUUCCUAGACUUUCCUCUCCACCUCGCCGUCACCAUUCCAUGCCUCAUGCGCACCCUCCUCAUUUUGGACGCACGAGAAAAGGUAGCAGAUCAAGCUCUAUUGCUUACACAGCAUUUUCCCCACGGCCUUCAAUCUCCCGCCACUCCAGCUUGGCAACCAACACACCACUGGAUCGCUCCAAACCCAAAGAUUACCUCAUUCUGGCUAUUAUCGCCUGCUUCUGCCCUGUUUGGCCAAUUAACAUCGUGGGAUUUGUCUACUCUGUCAUGUCCCGCAACAGCUUGGAACAGGGAAAUAUUGAUGGAGCCAUACGUCUGGGUCGGGUAGCUAAGCUACUUUCCAUUGUGUCAAUUGUGGGUGGGGUUGUCAUCAUUGUGGCAUGUGCUGUCAAUUUAUCAAUUAAUGUGAAAUCCUGAGCUGAGAUUUUUCCUCUCAAAUUCAGCUUCACAUCAGACUACUGACCAGAAGACAAUGCUUCUAUCUAUUUAUUCCCUUGAUUACAGUUUAGCUAGGUGGUUAAUACAUAAGCUUACACCUUGUUCCUCUCUAACACAAUAAAACUAAUUGCAGUCUUUAUUCUACCUGAAACCCCUUCACUAGAAAUAAAGAAGAAAUGCAUGAAUAUUUGAA